AUGGCUUACAUCUCAAGAGUCCUCCUCAUCUCUCUCUAUUGCACAAAAACAUUUUCUUGUGUGGAACAGCUUGGGCCAGCCAUUGAGGCUGAUGAAGUACUACAUGGAAGAGCUGGAGUCAAAAAACACUUAUCAAUCAAUUGUGCUGUGGGCCAUGAGUCUUCAGACUAUGGGCUUGGCAAUGCAGUGGGUUCUGUAACAAGCAAUACUCCAUCCCAUCAUAUUCCUGAAAAACAGAGACUGUUUUCCAAUGCCCUCAAGGAAAAAGGAAACAAAGACUUUCAUGUAGUAUUGGACAAAGAGAGUUAUGAAGAGGUGUCAAAAGUCAUCAAUAGCCCAAGAAGAGUGGGUAGAGAAUGGAUUGAAUUAUCUAGAGAUUUCAAAGCGGGGUUUUUUGAUGAGAUGGAAGCUCAAAAACGCUUGAGAGAUUUCAUCAAGCUUUAUUCUAAUAUGAAAACCAGCCUGGUUUGUAAUAGCUCUAUUGAUCAAGUCAAGACCAAAACAACUCAGCAAGAUGCAAAUGUUGAAGGCAGUAUAGAAAGUCUAGGACAAGAAGCUGUGGAAAGGAAGAUUGAUACCAAAGUUGGAGACUCUCCAACAGACCACAGCUGUGAUACUAGACAACAUAUUUCUGAAGCUGAAAGUCUUGAAGCUGACCAUAAGGGUCAAAGUGGUAAUGGGGUGUCUAAGAACAGCAAUGUAUCAAAUACUGAUCCAAAAGAAGGGCCUAGCUUUCCAGAGGCUAACAAAGAUGUUCAAUCACAGACAAAGAUUCCUACAGAAUUUAGUCAAGUCUCUCCUGAUGACAAAGAAACUCAAAAGGAACAAAGAUUAUUGGAUUUCAAAUCCUCUCCUCUCAAAGAAGUAGCAUCAGUUGAUAGUCUUUUGGUAGGCAAGAAUUUCCAAGCCAGUGAAUAUCCAUCAAAUAUAAAGAUGAGAGUGAAAACCAAGAAAGGGAAGAGACCGGGAGGAUCAAAACCAGAAAAUGUUUUGCAUGGUGAGAUUUCUAAGAUACAAGCUGAACUCAUGAACAAGGAGUUUGAGGCCAUAUCAACACUGAAAGCAAAAGACACAAAAGAGCAUCCACAGCGUCAAGGGCUUUUGGAACUCCUUAAAAAAACUCUACAAUUACAUGAUCAAUCUAAGUAUGUAAAAGUAGAACUGUCAUGGAGGACAUUCAAAGAACUAGAAGAUAAAUGGAAUUUCAAGGUUGAUGAGCUUAUGGUAGAUACACUUUCAUCAAUCCGUCCUUAUUUAAAAGGUGAACAGGAGGCCCACAGAAGAUUUGCAUCUCUUGGACAUCAAUGUCAGGAGCUCAGAAUCAAAAGAAAUUGGGAGAAUCAAGGCAAAGCGUUUAGUAAAGAAGCUAGGAGGAUUGCUAUGAUUUUGAAAGUGAAUCAUCAAUCCCCAUCCUUUGAAACAUCUACAGAAGAUGAGAUGAAAGAAAUUAAUGAAUUGGUGAAUUUUGUGGAUGAUGAUGAAUGGGAUAGAUUGGAAGUUUUAUUUGAAAGAAAGUUGAUGAAACGUUUAGGUACCUUUGGCCUUGCAGUUGGGAGCACAGAGUACAAGGACUCUAGAGUUUUGAAAUAUACUCUGAAAAAAAGAUUGGCAAGUCAAGGAAUGAAUAUCCCCCUACUUUAUUGGGUCUCCAAAAUCUUGGAGUUAGACUCAGCUGAGGUAUCCUGGGAAACAGCAGAAACAAGUUCUAUUGUAUCCAAAGUGGAACUUUUGGUAAAACUGUUGACUGGAACAAAUUAUUCUCCUGAUUUUCUGGGGGCUGAACCUCUAGAGAGUUGGACAUUGGAGUAUACUAGGGAUCACCUAUGCUAUGCAGGCGACUGGCUAUCAGAAUUAUUCCAAUCACGUCUGAAGUUGUUGGCCAAAGUGUCCAGGACAACAUACAAAGGCUCAGAUGAUGACUAUACCAGAAGACAAUCACAAAGUCCAAAUGAGAUCAGUUUGGGGGAGGAGUUGAUUGCAACACAUGUAGGUAUCAAUUUUGAGAUGUUAAAAGAGGUAAAAGAUGUAUUUCAAAACCAAAAGACCUCAAACCCUUUCAUCAAGAAAGGGGCAUUUGUGGGUAAAUGGGAUGAUUGUCUUUCAUCAGACAUUCUCAUCUUAACAAUUCCAUUUCAUGAAUAUUUUCAGUGUCUAGAUGAGAAAGUCAUAAAUUUGGACAAUUGGAUCAAUGAAAAACUCAAGAAAUUGAAAAUUUUUACUCCCAGGAUUUGUAAUCAUGAAAGUUGA